GUGGGGGAGGUGCCCGGGGCCGCGGCGGAGGGAGCAGAACCUGAGAGGACGCGCGCCCGGACGCGCGCGGGCGAGAGGGCGCGGGCGGGUCCCGGCCAGCGACCUGCCGCGGGGCCGCGAGCCCCAGGCGCCCCCCGCCCCGCGCGUCUCCCCGCCGCCCCCGCCCCCCGCGCGGCCCCCGCCCCGGCUCCGCCCCGCCCCUCGCGCGGGGUCCGCGUCUGCGGCUGCGUUCCCCGAAAGACGAGGCUGCGCCCGGGUUCCGGUCCGCAGGGAGACCGAAGGGCACCACUCCCCGCGCCGCGCACGCCGCCCGAUCCCGGAGUGCGGACACCCCAGGGAUGUGAGUGCGCCCCCCGACCCCGAGGCCCGCGCUCGACGCCCUGAUCCGCGGCCUGCGCCCCAGAGGACCCCCGCCCGUAGCCCCCGCGCCUCCACGAGGCCCGCCCGGAGCAUGCUGCCCGCAGCCAUGAGGAGCCUGGGCCUGGCGCUGCUGGCCUUGCUGCUGUGCCCCGUGCCGGCUCAUGGCCUGUGGUGCCAGGACUGCACCCUGACCACCAACUCCAGCCAUUGCACCCCGAAGCAGUGCCAGCCGUCAGACACUGUGUGUGCGAGCGUCCGGAUCACUGACCCCAGCAGCAGCAGGAAGGAUCACUCCGUGAACAAGAUGUGUGCCUCCUCCUGUGACUUCGUUAAGCGGCACUUUUUCUCAGACUAUCUCAUGGGGUUCAUUAACUCUGGGAUCUUAAGAGUCGACGUGGAGUGCUGUGACAAGGACUUGUGCAACCUGGCGGCUGCCACGGGGCAAAGCCCCUGGACCCUGGCCGGGGGUCUCCUGCUCAGCCUGGGGCCUGCCCUCCUCUGGGCUGGGCCCUGAGGCCCCUCCUUCCCGCAGGGCUUCUGAGCUUGUUCCCCUGAGCCCGGUCAGCACUGCCUCACCCCAGGCUGGUCUGACUGAGGCGGGGACACCAUUGGGCCAGUGCUGUGGUCUGUGGCUCUCACCCUCCCUAGACGCGAGACCUCCUGCCUCUUCACCAGCUCCGUGUCCUGGGCAACCGGAUUUCUCCAGGACACCAGGUGGCUGUGCAGGAGGCUGGGGACUGGGGGUGAGGGCAGGAGCUGGGACCCCAAGGUCCCCUAGGGGAAGUGAGGCCAAGCCAGGCGCAGCCCAACAGCCUGGCCUGAAGGGCAUCUUCUAUAGCGAAAUAAAGUCACUUCUGA